AUGUUAUUCUCAUUUCAGGCCACAAAAAUGGCAUCAUUUCGCAAAGUGGUGCCGGCCUCGGCACUUUUACGACAAGGAGGAGAUGACAUGACAGAAAAGAAGAGCAGAACAGAGUAUCGAAAAGAAAAGGAUUUGGAGGAAGAGCGUAAAGCCGGAACAGCGCCGGCUAUGGUCGACGUGCAAACUGGACGAGAUAUUAAUCCGCACAUUCCCCAGUUUAUUUCUCAGAAUCCCUGGUAUGUGCCCAGUGAAGGACCAACACUGCAGCUUGACGCUUCCAUGCAUAUUUGCAGCAUCAAAGGCCUCAUGCGGAACGGCAGAAGGAUAUGGCUACCAUCGACAAAUGGUACAAGAAAGGUACCACUGGAAAGGCUGCCACUAAGUUCCGGAAAGGAGCUUGCGAAAAUUGUGGUGCUAUGGGCCAUAUCAAGCGCGACUGCUUCGAACGUCCAAGAAAACUGGGUGCAGCGUAAGUUUGUUUUCUUUUUAUAUGUCGGUUUCGUCCUUAUUGCCGAAUCCUCCCGUUAUUAUUUAUUCCUUUUCUCAUUGAACUUGCAGGUUCGAAAUUUGAGAAUUCGUGAAGAUACUGCCAAAUAUCUCUUCAACCUGGCUGAAAAUUCACCUUAUUACGAUCCCAAAUCCCGAUCGAUGCGAGAAAAUCCGUUUGCUAAUGUGCAGGGAAAAGAGAAGGAAGCGGCCAAAUUCGCUGGUGAAAAUUUCAUCAGUUACACUGGCAGGUCGUUGAGCCCAAUGAGCACAAUAUUCGCAUGCAAUGCACGAUCCAAGGCGUUGCUUUCGAAGUAUGGAGGCAGUGAAUAUCUUGAAUCAACUCCAAAGGAAUUGCUUUUCGCUCAAACUGAGCAGUACGUGGAAUACAGCAGAAAAGGAAAAGUUCUGAAAGGUGCUGAACGUGCUCAUGUGAUGAGUCGAUAUGAAGAAGACGUAUAUCCGAUGAAUCACACAAGUAUCUUCGGUUCGUAUUGGAAGGAUGGCUCAUGGGGCUACAGAUGUUGUCAUUCAUUCGUCAAAAAUUCGUACUGCAUUGGAGAAGAGGGUCUCAAAACGGAGCGAGUACCGGAGCCAGCAUUGCCACCCAAGAAAAUUGAUGAACCACCAAGUGUCAAGGAGCAGGAAGUUCAUACUGAAGCAGCGAAGGAUGAGAAACCUGCUUCAAAUGAAUCAGCUUCAUCAAGCUCCGAAAGUUCCUCUUCGGAAUCGUCGAGCGAGUCUGAAGAUUCCGAAAAGGAGAGGGAAAUGGAGCGAGAACGAGAACGCCGAGUCGUCCGAAUCAAGUUCAAGCUCGAGUUCUGA